AUGAAAAGGUUACUCUUAAGUGUUGAAGUUACUUUACGACACGUUUUGAAAAUAAAGAAAAGUAUCUUAAGCCUUAAUCAUUUAAUAAAAACAUUAUUUAUUUAUAUUGUAUGAAAUGGCAACUGAAGAUAUAGCAAAAAGUCUUGAAGAUUCAAACCUUGAAUCUGAGACAAAAGAAGACAUUGUCACACCAUGGGACGUAGCUGGAGCUGAUGAUACAGGAAUUGAUUACGAUAAACUGAUCAAAAGAUUUGGAAGUUCAAAAGUUGACAAUGAAGUGAUUGCAAAACUUGAGAAAGUUGCUGGAAAACCUGUCCAUCAUCUUAUACGAAGAGGAAUAUUCUUUUCCCAUCGUGAUCUCUUUACUCUUCUUAACCUUUGGGAACAAGGAAAGAGAUUUUACCUUUACACUGGGAGAGGACCAUCGUCAGAAUCAAUGCAUUUAGGACAUCUCAUCCCAUUUGUUGUUACAAAGUGGCUUCAAGAAGCUUUCGAUAUUCCUCUGGUAAUUCAGAUGACUGACGAUGAAAAGGCAUUAUGGAAAAAUAUCGAGAUAGAAGAAGCACUUCGACUUACAAAGGAAAAUGUAAAAGAUAUAAUUGCGAUGGGAUUUGAUCCAUCAAAAACUUUCAUUUUCUCUAGUCUGACUUAUAUGGGGCAAUGUCCUGAAUACUAUAGAAAUGUCAUAAGAAUUCAAAAAUGCGUAACAUUUAAUCAAGUGAAAGGAAUAUUUGGCUUUGGUGAUUCAGACGUUAUAGGAAAAAUUGGCUUCCCAGCUGUACAAGCAGCACCAGCAUUAUCAUCAACAUUCCCUCAUAUCUUUGGGAAGGAAAAAGUUCCAGUUUUAAUUCCAUGUGCUAUUGAUCAAGAUCCUUAUUUCCGAAUGACUAGAGAUGUUGCUCCACGUCUAGGAUUUCCGAAACCGGCUUUGCUCCACUCUACUUUCUUUCCGGCACUACAAGGCGCCAAAACCAAAAUGUCAGCGAGUGAUCUGAACUCUGCAAUUUUCCUUACUGAUACACCAAAACAGAUUAAAACAAAAAUCAAUAAACAUGCUUUCUCAGGAGGUCGUGUAACUGUCGAGGAGCAUCGCGAAUUUGGUGGAAAUACUGACAUCGAUGUUCCUUAUCAGCUUCUUCGUUUCUUCUUGGAAGACGAUCCAGAACUUGAGAAAAUUCGAAUUGCUUAUAGUUCUGGCGAAAUGUUAAGCGGAGAAAUCAAAAAGCUUGCAAUUGAAUGUCUUCAACCAAUUGUUGCUAAACAUCAAGAAAGUCGAAAAUCAAUCACCGAAGAUGUUCUUGAAUUAUUUAUGACUCCACGAAAACUUAAUUUCAAAUAAUUUGAUUAUAAGAUUUGUAUGAAACUUAACAUUAUCAUGAUAUUGGCAAUAAAAUGCUUUGAUAAUUCGAGAAUUGAAAAAAAAUCGGAGUUAGAUUAAUCAUUGGAUUAACGUAUUUCGAGAUUAAGAACGGGUUAAGUUUAAGGAUCAAUGAAUGUUUAUGAAUGGAGUUAAAACACCUAUAAUGAUUGUGAUUUACAUAACAAUAAAACACUCGAAAGCGGAAGGGUACAUCAUGUCCCAAUUUUGUUCCAUUGACUGCUGUUUCUAUUGUUAAUUCUCCGUCUCCUUUUAUACACACACAAAACAGUUGUUAUGACGUUACACUUCUAAUAACGAUAAAGAAAUAAAAGUAAUUUAAAAAUGGAUUCGAAAC